GCCCCAUGCCCAGCUAAUUGCUGAAGUGGCCACAGCUGUGACACGGCCUGAGGGGAGCCCUGCACAGCCGGGUGUCUGCCUGAGGGAGAAAACUUGGACUGUAGAGCUUGAGGGAAGACGGAUUUCAUAUCUAUACUUGAACAACGCCCAAAUUACACGAGCCUGCUCAAUGACUCCAGGGCAGCCUGGCCACGGAUUUCCAUGAGGGAAUUGCGGCGGGCGGGAAGUGACGCGUUGUGAGGGAAGUGACGCCUGGGCGGCGGGAGCCCGGCGGAGCGGAGGGUGGCGGUGGCUGUGGCGGAGCGGGGCCGGUUCGCGGCCAUGAACAGCCGCCUGCAGGAGAUCCGGGAGCGGCAGAAGCUCCGGCGGCAGCUCCUGGCGCAGCAGCUAGGGGCCGAGAACGCGGACAGCAUCGGCGCCGUGCUCAACAGCAAGGAGGAACAGCGGGAGAUCGCCGAGACCCGGGAGACGUGUCGUGCUGCUUAUGAUACUUCUGCACCAAACGCAAAACGUAAAUAUCCAGAUGAGGGAGAAGCGGAUGAGGAAGAGAUUGAAGAAUAUAAGGAUGAAGUAGAGCUGCAGCAAGAUGAAGAGAACCUGCCCUACGAGGAAGAGAUUUACAAAGAUUCCAGUACCUUUCUUAAGGGCACUCAGAGCUUAAAUCCCCACAACGACUACUGCCAGCACUUUGUGGAUACAGGCCACAGACCUCAGAACUUCAUCAGAGAUGUUGGCUUAGCAGAUAGGUUUGAAGAAUAUCCAAAACUUAGAGAGCUCAUCAGAUUGAAGGAUGAGCUGAUAUCUAAAUCUAACACUCCUCCCAUGUAUUUACAAGCAGACUUGGAAGCAUUUGAUAUUAGGGAACUGAAGUCCAAAUUUGAUGUGAUUCUCCUGGAACCACCACUGGAAGAAUACUACCGGGAGACUGGCAUUACUGCCAAUGAAAAAUGCUGGACCUGGGAUGAUUGUCUACGCAAAUGGGGUUACAGAAGAUGUGAGGACAUUUGCUGGAUUAAAACAAAUAAGAACAAUCCUGGAAAGACCAAGACUCUAGACCCCAAGGCUGUUUUCCAAAGAACCAAGGAGCACUGCCUCAUGGGCAUCAAGGGCACCGUGCGCCGCAGCACAGACGGGGAUUUCAUCCACGCCAACGUUGACAUCGACCUCAUCAUCACUGAGGAGCCUGAAAUUGGCAACAUAGAAAAACCUGUGGAGAUUUUUCACAUUAUUGAGCAUUUCUGCCUUGGACGACGACGGCUUCACCUUUUUGGAAGGGACAGUACAAUCCGACCAGGUUGGCUGACGGUGGGACCCACCCUCACCAACAGCAACUUCAAUGCAGAGACAUACUCCUCGUACUUCACGGCUCCCAACUCCCACCUGACGGGCUGCACCGAGGAGAUCGAGCGGCUGCGGCCCAAGUCGCCGCCGCCCAAGUCCAAGUCUGACCGGGGCGGGGGUGCUCCCAGGGGAGGAGGCCGAGGAGGGACUGCGGCCGGCCGGGGAGAGAGGGGCAGAGAGAGGAACAGAACGAACUUCCGGGGUGAGCGGGGUGGCUUCCGAGGGGGCCGAGGAGGGACCCACCGAGGGGGCUUCCCCACCCGCUGAGGAGGUGAUGGCUUCUUGCCUCAUCCUACGCCCCCGUCUCUGAAUCUCUUUCUUAGUCUUGUUUUUCCUGAACUGAAUUCCUCUGGAGACUCAAGCCAGAUGACUUGUGAAAUUGGUUUUGGUGAAGCUGUUCCGGUCUUCCUGGGCUGGCACAGCCCCACCCCUGGCUGGCAGCUCCUGCAAUGGCAGCACUGAACUCACAGCAGGGAGCACCAUCCCUUCACACACCAUGGGAAGGAGGGAAGGGAAGGUACUUGCUCUACUCUUAGGAAACUUGGGGUGGGGGCUUUCUUUUCAGCUGCCAUUUUCUCCAAAACACAGAUUCCUCUUAUUUGGAGGUUUGGGCUUGGACUGACCUGGAUUAAUAUUGUGGAAUGGGCAUGAAAUGCAGUUCUGACUUGCAGACUGUCUUAUGGAAGAAAAAAUGCUGUGUCUGUAUUGACACCUAUUUUAACUUCUCUGAAACCAAGGAGCAAAUGGAAUAAAUAGAAUUCUAUUUUUUCUUAUUUGGUUUAAAUUUCCCAAAUUAUUCCUGGGAAUAGGGAACAAUUUUUAAUUUGUGGUGUAUGUGCAUUCACUUCUCAUUGGGGAGAGUGGUAAUUCCGUGCAGUCAUGUGUUGUGCUUCAUGGAAAGCACCAAGCUGUGUGUUUGUGUGCAGUCCAGAACUUCUGCAAGGUCUGGAUUGCUCCUGGAGCAGGGAUUUACACCCACUGUGUGUUUGUAACACUUUGUUCUUUGGGAGGUAAGACAAGUGUCACUGCAGAGGAAUCGGUGACCUCGUUGGAGGGUGGAUUGGAAAUGCGUGUGUGCAGUUCCUGAAACUUGUCACCUGGGAACAGGGUAAUGAAACCGUUUGGCUUUGCCUGUGGGAGUUGCACACCUUUGGAAAUAUUGGCUGUUGCUGAUGAGCUCCGGUGCAGUGUGGACAGACAGUGACUCACUUUGUACAAUGUUUUUAGCAGAACCACAGCUCUGAGUUUCUUGGUCAGUACUUGGCAGGCUGAACAAACUUGGCUGUUGGUGUCUCAAGGUCGGAGCUGUGGGUCUUUGAUUUUAAAUAGCUGUCCUGUAAAGUAGCGGAUUAUUAAACAUGUUUAUCAAAGCUAA